GACUAGGUUCCCAGAAGCCUCCGGUGCGCCUCGCUGGGAACGCACUUCCUGGGACGCUGAGAGGGAGACGCUGUAAGAGGCUCCUCAGUGUGGGCGAGUAAAAUGCCUUGGAUGUGAGAAACAGGCCCAGAUCAUUUCUUCUAAGUUGAUUAAAGUUGUUUUAGAACUAUUCAAGUACCUCAAAGAUCGGACCGACAGUACUGCACCUGCCAUGGGCUGUCGGGAUGUGCACGCAGCCACGGUCCUCUCCUUCCUGUGUGGAAUUGCCUCGGUAGCAGGCCUCUUUGCAGGGACUCUGCUUCCCAACUGGAGAAAAUUACGGCUGAUCACAUUCAACAAAAAUGAGAAGAACCUGACGGUUUACACAGGCCUGUGGGUGAAGUGUGCCCGAUACGAUGGGAGCAGUGACUGCCUGAUGUACGACACCACCUGGUACUCGUCGGUUGACCAGCUUGACCUGCGGGUCCUGCAGUUUGCCCUGCCCCUCAGCAUCCUGAUCGCAGUGGGCGCCCUGCUGCUCUGCCUGAUUGGAAUGUGCAACACGGCCUUCAGGUCCUCGGUGCCCAACAUCAAACUGGCCAAGUGUCUGGUCAACAGCGCGGGCUGCCACCUGGUGGCCGGCCUGCUGUUUUUCCUGGCGGGGACUGUGAGCCUCUCCCCAUCCAUCUGGGUCUUCUUUUAUAACGUCCAUCUGAACAGGAAGUUCGAGCCAGUCUUUACAUUUGACUAUGCAGUGUACGUCACCAUUGCUAGUGCUGGGGGCCUGUUUAUGACUUCCCUUCUGCUGUUUGUUUGGUAUUGUGCAUGCAAAGCUUUGCCUUCCCCUUUCUGGCAACCACUAUACUCCCACCCACCCAGUGUGCACACUUACUCGCAGCCCUAUUCAUCGCGCUCCCGCCUCUCUGCCAUCGAAAUCGACAUUCCAGUGGUUUCCCACACCACCUAAUGGAGAAACCGUUGUUAAAGAACACCUUUAGCCUCACGUUUCCCUUGUACAAGGAGCUGUUUUGGACCAGUAUACAUUUUCCUUUAUUUCUGACCAGUCUACGAAGCCAAAUUUAUAUGUCCUGGUAGAAUGAAGUGCUGCUAGUUUUUAUGAAAAGUGCAUUGUUUUAAAUGUGAAGCAUUCCUUUUAUCGUGCUUUUUAUACUAGGAGAAUUUUUAACCUCCACAUUGACAUCUGAUCAGUUAUUCAAGUGGAAAGGACCUGUGUCUCAGUUGACGUGAUUUACAGCAACAUGGUAGUGUAAAAACAAAUGAUGGCUAAGAGAAGCUACUGUAUAUGAUCUUUAUGAAUAUUUCAGAAUGUGUGUUGUCCUUUUUCUCUAAUACUUUAAAUCGGUAAAAAAAAAAAUAGGGGGGCAAUUUCAAAUAUAAGAAACUUCUUUCAGGUAAGGGUAGUAUCUUAACAGUAGUUGUUUUACCAUCUUACGGCUGUGACUUUUCUUCUCUCUCGGGGCUGAUUGUAUUAAAUAGAGUUUGGUAUUUUGAAGAUUACUGUCUUUUGUGAGUUCCUUCUACCUCACGCCAGUGUUUAAAAAUAAAAUGCAUUUUAAGUGAUGUCAGAGAAUAAGCCUAACAUUUUAAAUAUCUAUUAGUAUGGAGAACAUUUAACAUAAUUUUAAAAGUUGAUGAGUCUAUAAAUUGUAUUACUGGAGUUAAAAUGUGCCAUGUGAUGA